CGAUGGAUGGCAUUGUUGUCACAACAAUAACCUCAACCCCGACACGACACUGGCUCACCCACACACACCAUGGCAGAACCCUCCCGUCCCCGCCCGCGCGUCAACCUCCGCAGCACGGCAGUCAAGCGUAUCAUGCAGGAGGCUGCCGAGCUCGCCGACCCCGACACGGACGACUUUAUUGCUGGCCCGUUGGAGAGCGAUAUCUUCGAGUGGCACUGCACGCUGCGCGGCGUCAAGGGGACAGACUACGAGGGUGGCCUGUACCACCUGCGCAUCAUCCUGCCGCCGACGUAUCCCAUGAGCGCGCCCGACAUCGUCAUGCUGACGCCGAACGGGCGCUUCGAGCUGGGCAAGAAGAUCUGUAUCGACGGCCUGACGUCGUUCCACGCCGGCUCGUGGCAGCCGGCAUGGGGCGUGCGGACCGCCAUUACUGGCCUGCGCGCAUUCUGGACGCAGGACGGCGAGGCGCUCAGCGCGAUCGGCGCGCUCGACCAGCCCGCCGACGAGCGGCGCCGGCUGGCCAAGCUGUCUCGCGAGUGGACUUGCAGUUCCUGCGGGGAGUGUAAUCUGUCCCUUUUGCCCGAUGUCGACCCGAGCAAGAAGAACAAGGCGAGGGAGGAGGAAGCGCCGGCAGAGGGGUCGUCGUCGUCGUCUUCUGCGCCGUUGGACGAUGGGCCCGCUGCAUCGUCGAGCGCUGCAGCAGUGCUGGCGCCACAAGUGGAGUCGGCAGAGGGAGCAGAGCCUACAUCUCAGCCAGCGCCGGCACCGCCAUCACCACCGCCCGCAGCCCAGCCCGCCCCACCACCACCACCGCCCGCAGAGCAGCCUGUCACGCCGCAGCCCGCAGCCCAGCCGCGCCCGGCCCACACCGUGCCAGAACGCUUCAUUGCCCCGGCGCCCGUCGCCGAAACCCCCGCGUCGACAUCCCGCAGGCCGCCCCUCUGGAUCGACGCGCUCAUAGGCCUCCUCGUCGCCCUCCUUCUCAGCCUGCUCGCACGGCGCGCUUAG